CUUUCAGAGUAGUGGUGUCAUACAGCGAAAUAUCAAUUCUUUGGGGCUUGAUGGGAAAUAUUAAUGUUAUAACAAACUGAAAUGACUAUCAUUUUUAAUUCUGAAAAUAUUUCUUAAAGACAAAUCCACGUAUAGCUUUCUCCUCCCCAACGAAAGGCUCCAUGCAAAUAAAGUGCAAACUUGACGAUGACGCCACACAGCGACGUCUGGGUCAGCGAAUAGCCGCUCCUCUUACUGCUUAGUUGGCAACACUGGUUGGCUGAAGUUGUAGAGGAGUUUUGACAAGAUUCAGAAGCUACAAUAAAGUUUACUCGAGCUAGGGUGGACUGCUGCUGCACGAGUUUUUACGUUUAGUAAAAACAAUGGAGUCUGUCGCCCAGAAAGUGAUGGCUUCGAGAUUUAAUCUCGAUUUUGGACCCUUAAAGGAGCCUCUGGCGUUUAUCCGUUUGCUGGAAUGGCUCUUCUCCAUAUUUGCCUUUGCUACGACUGGAGGUUACAGUGGCUCGACCUUCUUCAACAUCCAAUGCAGUGGACGUGCCUUUCCAGAGAUUGAAGGAACCUUCAGCUACCCUUUCAGGCUGAUGAAGCACACGUAUGAAGUCCCUGACUGUAAAGUCAAUCAAACUACUACAGUCGUGGAGCACCUGACGGGGAACUAUUCGUCUUCUGCAGAGUUUUUCGUCGCUGUUGGAGUGUUGGCUUUCCUUUACUGCACAGCAACACUAGUCAUCUAUUUGGGCUACCAGCACUUGUACAGAGAAUCAAGUCAUGGCCCCACUGUGGACCUGUUGGUGACAGGAGCCUUUGCCUUCUUGUGGCUGACGUCCUCCUCUGCUUGGGCAAAAGGCUUGACUGACGUGAAGAGGGCGACCAGUCCGGCAUUCAUCAUCACGUUACUUGAUGUGUGUCUAAACAAAGCCAACACGUGCACCCCGGGAGCCUUUCCCCUCAUGGGCCGACUAAACGCCUCAGUGGUGUUUGGUUUCCUUAACCUCAUCCUGUGGGGGGGCAACUGCUGGUUCAUUUACAAGGAAACGCCAUUUCACAAAACAACCAGCCCGCCUCCAGUUGUGGAGGAGGGGGUUGUACCUUCAUAACUGCGUAGGUUUUUCUUUUCAUCGUUGAGCGAUCAUUUCAGUCGUAUAAGAGGUAACGUUUGUUUGGAAGGUACUACAAUUUUUUCUAAAACUGGUGGAAUUUUUGUCUUUUGAUGCCUUAACAAAUUUUUAGUGCUUUCAUAGGAUACUAGAGCUGUGUUGUUGGCACAGAUAUUAUAAUUCUGUUGCUUUAAGGAAAAAAUAAACACCUGAAAUUUGAAGGUUUCAA